AUGGUUUCUAUAGAGAAAACUUCACGAAAGCGACCUGCUCCCUCUCAGACAGGACCCAAGCUUAAGAAGGCACAUAUCGAAAAUGCACAGAAGCCGCCUGCUGCUACAGACAAAGGGAAGAAGCGUAGUCGCCCUGUGACACUACCUCUGCAGGAAGCCGAUACAAGCUCGGAGGAGUCGGAAGGAGAAGCUGACUUCGAGGAUGAUGAGGUCUUCGACGCUGAGAACGAGGACGAGAUGGAGAUAGUGGACGAAGCCACUGCGCCUGUAAAGGAUCCCAAUGCGGCGCGCGAGUCGCAUAAAGUACAGAAAGCACUGCUCGACCAGCGUCGUGCCGCAAAACCCCACUCUGCUCUUAUCACCAAAGCUAAGUCUACGUGGACACUAGCACGACAGAAGAACAUCAGCAAAGAGGAACGGGCCGAGCAUAUCCAGGCGCUGAUGACCAUCAUCCGCGGAAAUGUCAAGGAUAUCGUGUUCAAGCAUGAUGCGAGCCGUAUCGUGCAGACGGUCGUGAAGCACGGUGGAGAGAAGGAACGGAAUGAAAUUGCGACCGAGCUACAGGGACAGUACAAGGAGCUCGUGCAGAGCAAGUACUCCAAAUUCCUUGUCGCAAAACUGAUCCGCUUUUGCUCUUCACAUCGAGCCGGGAUUUUGCGUGAAUUCCAAGGGCAUAUACUGCGACUAGUCCUUCAUCGCGAUGCAUCGAGAGUCCUUGCAGACACAUUCGAACUCUAUGCGAACGCAUACGAGCGCGCUCUGCUUCUACGCGACUUUUAUGGCAAGGAAGCAAGUUUGUUCACUGUCACUGCCGGUACUGACAUGGAGAAGGAGCUCUUUAAGAAAGGUCUGAGAGGAAUUCUAGAGGGCGUAGAGGGCGAGAGAAAGAAGCGAGUACUAUCCGCUUUGAAGGAUAACCUUGUGACAAUCUUCAACAACCCUGACAAGGGCGCCGUUGCUCAUUCCGUCGUCCACCGUGCUCUUUGGGAGUAUCUCACCGCGAUCAACGGACUCGAUGAUGGUACAGAACAAGAGAAACUCAGGAGAGAGAUGUUUGAGAUUUGUCAGGAUGUUUUGGCCGAGAUGGUGCAUACAAAAGAUGGCAGUCGCAUUGUGAGAGAGUUUAUUGCGCAGGGCACAGCAAAGGACCGGAAGCACAUACUCAAAGCUCUCAAGCCACAUAUAGAUCAUAUAUGUACAAACGACGACGCUCAACUCGUACUCUUCACCGCUUUGGAUGACCUCGACGAUACAAAACUCACUGCGAAGUCAAUCGUCUCAGAAAUCACCGCGUCUGCGUCCUCGCUAUAUUCAUCUGUGCAAGGCCGCCGUUCUCUUCUUUACCUCAUUGCACCGCGGUCACGGCGGCAUUUCACACCUCCUCAGAUCGCCUUGCUGGAGGAAACGGAUGUUAUACGCGCGCGGACCAGUAAAAAGGACAAUGCACUCCGGGCGUUGGAGAUAAAACGGGCCGCAAGCGACAGUUUACUGACAUGGAUGGCGGAGAGUGGAGCGGAGGUCGCUCGAGACAAGGGCGGGAGCCUGGUGGUGUGCGAAAUCAUGCUUGCUGCUGAGGGUGACAAAUCUGCUGCUUCGGACACGUUGCUAAAAGCUUUGGCUGCACCAUACCCUUCAGACGAUCCUGCAACCCCUCAUCCUGUUUCGCUUCCACACACGGCACGGAUGUACAAGACCCUUUUGCAGGGCGGACACUACUCUCACGCAACACGAUCUGUGGAGCGCGAACCUCUGUUCUCCGCCCCGGCUUUCGCCGCACGCUUCGUACAACUAGUGGGUCAGGAGGCGACGGUAGCGAUGGCACUUGGAGAAGGUGCAUUCGUAGUCGCUGCGGUAUGCGAACAGUUAGCUACAGGUGACAGCGAUGAGAGGACGUUACUCAAAAGCUGGUUUGGGAGGGGCGUUACUCAGGACAUUUCUGCGGCAGAGGGCAAGGGGAUGGGCCUAUUGUUGGAGAAAAUCGGCAUGCUUUAA